AUGCAAGUAGCAAAUCGAACAACUCGCCGUUAUGUCACACCAUCUACGAAAACUCAACCGGGAAAUAAUCGUUCGACAAGCAAAAAUCGUUCUAAUAUUCCAAAUGUAUCCCAAUCUUCGCCAAAGAAAGUUCUUGAUACGCCAAUAUCAAAAUCAAACGAACCACCAACAUUAAAAAAAUUUGUUGAUCGUUUUCGUUAUGAUGAACCUCAACCUCGACCAGAACGAGAUUCAAUUAAUUCUGAUUUUUGGUGGUUACAUGAUGAAUUAAAAAAUACUUGUUGUUCGAAUGCUAAUGAAAAUGCUGAACGUAAAUCAAAUAUUCCAGAAUACAUUGAAAUAUUUCCUUCGACAGAUAUUGAUCAAGAUUUAAAUAAACGAGCAUCUUUACUUCUUAAUCAAACAUUUAGUGCACAUUCAUCUGAUGUCGGCCAUGUAUCAAGUACAGGUAUUGGUUCGACUCCAUCAUCAACAUUAACAAGAACAACAACAACAAAUACUUUUCAGCCUAUUGUUCAUGAACAACCAGCUCGACCAAUAUUUACACGAAUUACGGAUUCAAAGUAUAAUUUUACAAAUGAUGGUAGUGACGAUGAUAUUUUAUAUCAAUGGCGUUUACGUAGACGACUAGAACAAGCACAAAAUGGCGAACCCAUAACAUUUCCAUCGAAAAUAACCAAUCGAACUCGUGUAUCUCCAGUACGUUCAUUUUUACCUUCAACACCUAUCGAAAUACCAACAGUACUUCCACCACGUCCACCUUCUCCUCCAGUUAUUAAACUAUCAUCACCUAAACAAGAACAUCAACAAUCAUCAACGACAAAUAUCGAAACAGACCAUAUAAAACAACCUGUUACAACUCUAAUACCAACUCGACAAUAUUCAGAAGCAUGUACACAAACAUUACAAGAUGCUUGUAUUCAAACAUCAUUGACUAUUGAAAAUCAUCUUUCUUUCUCAAGUUCUGUUCCAAAUGAAGUUGAUCUUCGUCCAACACGUGAUAAUGAUCAUCAUUCAUCUAUUUGGCAUCGUCCACCACCACGAUCAAAAUGUGAAAUAACACGAACAUCAUCAUCACCAUCACCAUCACCUAUUAAACGUCAUCAUCAUCAUCAUCAUCAAAGAUCGGUCAUAAUUCCCUCAAAUACUGUUCAAUCUUCACAAGAUAGUACAUUAACACAAGUUACAUCGAUCAUGAUUAAUGAUAAUAAUAAUAAUACGGAUAAUCAUUGUCAAAUUAAAAAUACUUCAAGUAUGACUGUAAUCGAUGAAUUUCAUGAAAGACAACAACAAAAUACUGGUGAUGAUCAUAUUGAUUAUUCGAAUGAUGAAAUAUUGAAUAUAUUAAUACAGAAACGAGACGAAUUACUAAUAGCAUUUCGAGAAAUUGAACAACGCUUGGCAAAUAUAAAUUCUGAAUAA